UCCGAAUGUGUUGGAAACGCACGCAUGCGUUGCCCAUCCGUGAACAAGAAAAGGAUAAGGAGGAGAGUCACAUGUUUCUCUUUUUUUUCUUGCUUCUCCCUCCCUCCCUGUGUGUGUGUGUUACAGUCGAAGAGGGUCGCCUCAAGACGCAGAGGACUGCUGCCUGCCAGUCUCGACUGCCUCUGCUAACCGAACGAACCUGUUCUCUCCGCGUUCCAGUUCGUUUGGAUUACUUGCCAACGUGCUUUCGUUCAGAAUGUCAAACGACUGAAACAAUUGAAGAGACAUUUGCGUUGUACUUUCAUUGUAAAUUUUGUAUGAACAUUACGACCCGGCCGGAACUUGGCGUGCAAAAUGAAGAAACGAUCGAGCGUGGUGGCAAUCAAGACGGUCACAUCGCGACCUGUUUUGGUUUUAUGGUCAGUCGUUUCGAUUGUGGUGGCAUUCCUCUGUUGCUGGUCGUAUUCCCAGCCGGCGUGGACACUCCGUUCAUCCAGCGAAAUCGGAUCGCUUGAUCAGCAUCCGAGCACAUCAUCCAAUCACAUUGGCACGGCAGCAUCGGAUGCAAGCCAAACGGCCACGACAUCAGUCCGAAGAAGAUUGGAACGGGCCGUUUCCAUUCAACUGCCGGCCGAUGAGGUGCCGUUGAUGUCCGAAGAGGACGUCAAUGCGACGUCGUCGGACGUGAUGAUGACGCCUGGACGUAGCGCCAUCCCGCUCGUCCACAUCGGACUCUUUGGCAUGUGCAUCUACACGCAACAACAUCCGGAGAGGAGGCCGGAAAGUACCGUGACGUGCGUCCGUCACGCCGAUUUGGAUUACGAGUGGCUUCCACCCGCCUGGCAGGUGACGCGCGUCCUGUGCGGAGGUGGUUGCUUGAUGCUACUGGCCUGCGCUGCCGGAUGCGUGGCCGUCGCUUUCGUCCGUCAUCAUCACAGACAACAGGAGCUCAUCAAAAUGACGGCCGUCGUUCAAUUAGCUGCCGCUUCGUUAAUGCUGCUCGGAUUGUGUUUCUAUCCAUUUGGACUGCGUUCAGAGAAUUUGCAUCACUUUUGCGACGAACGUUGCCAACCGGGAUGGUCGUCGCUGGUCGCCGGCCUGUCCAGCGCAGCUGCUUUCCUCUGCCCAGUGUUGGCCACUCUCGUUUCAAACCCGAUCUACGACAACAACCCUUGGGAGGCUUAUCUUUUGCUCUGAAGCCAAAACAAUCCGUACGUCUGAUGCUAUAGACAUAUAGCAGCCCAGUCAGCCAAACAAUCUUAGAUAAUAGAGAAAACGAUGUGCCACUGAAACAUUUUUCUUUUUUUCUUUCUAUUUUGUACCAUAAAUUACAACGUCAAAGAAAAAGAAAAAAAUAGAUUUCUCUUGUGUAAAUGAAAUGUCGAUACAGUAAACGAAAAACGGUGGCGAGAGGGAAUCAAAGUCAAAAGUUAUGAGGAAAAUGUGCGUGUGUGUGUGUGUGUGUGUGUCGGAUGGGAAUGCAGUUAGCGUUGCUAUAGAAUGUCGCCCGUGUUAUUUCCGUGUGUGAUGUGAUUGUCCAUCAAUCGGCGGUCUGAAAUAGGACGGACCCAAAGAUAAAUACAAAUACACUGAUGUCAGAUUCUUA